AUGGAUAUGGAUAAGUCCAAUUUUACUGACACAAAUUGUUGUGUGUAUGUGGGAAAUAUACUAUGCAUUACAGACGACGAAUUAUUGAAAUACUGCAUGCGAUACGGUACUGUUGUUCAAUCGAAGAAAAUAUUUGAUGAUUUUCGAAUAAUCGAGUUUGCCAACAGAACAACUACUGACAAUUUUCUUAGUAUACGAUGUCAUCGAAUCAAUGAUAAUAAUCUUGAUGUUAAAUCAUACGACAAAGCAUAUUUGUAUUUGGAAAAAAUGUACCGUGAACAACAAACAACAACAAACAAUAAUAACACCAAAACAGAUAACACCGACGAAGAAUAUAUACCAUCGUGGGGUUCACCAGAACGUGGCAUAAAGGACAAAGACUACGAUGACGAAAUUAUAAGAACAACAUCACCAAUAAGAUCAGUAGAUAAUCAUCUAUCACGGCACCAUACUGAUGAACAGAUUUUAACAAGCAGACCGAUCACAGUAAGCAAUUUUCAACACAAAAAUACAUUGAUAAUCAUUGAUCCAACAUUUCAAAAUAUAAUUGAUAAUGAAAUGAAACGUAUUGAACUCAAAUAUGAACAAGAAUUACAAACAUUGAAAAAUGAUUAUGAAAUAAAAUUUGAGCAAAAUCAGUUGUUUAUUGAUGAGAAAAUAUGUGAAAUAAUUCAAGAUGAAAAAGCAAAUUUUGAUUACAUAAUGCAAUCAGCAUUGAAAAAAAAAGAAAUGAGUAGAAACUUAACAUCUGAUGAUAACAGUAAAAAUUAUAACAAGAAAAGAAAACUUGUGCAAUAA